AUGGCUCGCGGUCAAAUCAUGACGGGCCAGGACUGGGAGCCGCAAGUGUUUAACAUCCACAACAGGAAAAACACUCAGCAGAGGCCGACUCGUGUAAGUGAAGCGGAGGCGAACCGAGCACUGCAGAGGGGUGGCAAUGUGGAGGUAAUCAAGAAGGAGCAUUUCCGCUCCAACGUGCAGAAAGGAGGACCAGGUGCAAACGCAAAACGGUUGGAUGAGGAUACCGAGACACUGAAGGUGAAGCGUGUGGACAAUGGACUUCGCCUAGCAAUCCAGAAGGCACGCCAAGCGAAAGGAUGGACCCAACAGAUGCUCGCACAACAAAUCGCUGAGCGAGUGGGUGUGGUGACUGAGUACGAAAACGGUAAGGCUGUGCCUGAGGAGCGCGUCCUUGUGAAGAUGGAACGGGCGUUUGGAAUCCAUCUCCGCGGAGUGAAGGCCGGACAACCGUUUGGAUCCGCGAAACCCCAGCCGAAGAAGUGA